AUGAAAAACCACACGGUACCCACAGAAUUCAUUCUUCUAGGUCUUUCAGAUGACCCCGAGCUUCAGAUUGUGAUUUUUCUUUUCUUAAUUAUCAUGUACAUAUUAAGUAUCACUGGAAACGUGACCAUUAUCACUCUCACCUUGGUGGAUGCCCAUCUACAGACUCCUAUGUAUUUCUUCCUCAGAAAUUUCUCUGUAUUAGAAGUAACCUUCACAACUGUCUGUAUCCCUCGAUUUCUCGGCACAAUUAUCACGAGAGACAAAACCAUUUCAUACAACAAUUGCACAGCUCAGUUAUUUUUCUUCAUCUUCAUGGGCAUAACUGAAUUUUACCUACUAACUGCUAUGUCCUAUGAUCGUUACGUAGCCAUCUGCAAACCCCUGCAUUAUACAACUAUCAUGAGCAAGAGAGUCUGUGUAGUGCUCGUCUUCUGCGCUUGGUUGGCAGGAUUCUUAAAUAUCUUCCCACCAGUUAUUCUUUUUCUGCAGUUAGAUUACUGUGGCUCCAAUGUCAUUGAUCACUUUGUUUGUGACUAUUUCCCCCUCCUACAAUUAUCUUGCUCAGACACAUGGCUCCUGGAAAUUAUUGGCUUUUACUCUGCAAUAGUGAUUCUGCUCUUCACUUUGGCAUUAAUUGUUCUAUCUUACGUGUUCAUCAUUAAGACAAUUUUGAAACUUCCUUCUGCUAGUCAGAGAAAAAAGGCAUUCUCUACAUGCUCCUCUCACAUGAUUGUCAUUUCCAUUUCCUAUGGAAGCUGUAUAUUCAUGUAUGCUAAUCCCUCUGCCAAAGAAAAGGCUUCACUGACCAAAGGAGUAGCUAUUCUCAACACCUCUGUUGCCCCUAUGAUGAAUCCAUUUAUAUACACCCUGAGAAACCAGCAAGUGAAGCAAGCCUUUAAGGACACUAUCCAAAAGGUUAUGUUUUUCUCUAGUAAAUACUACUAG